UCUGCAUGAGCUAAUGUAAAAGUUCUUUUAGACCGGAGAGGUUCUAUAAAUUCAAACUCUCCAGUAGAGCAGCACCAAUUCUAGCCUGCAAGAGUUUUUCAGCUCUAAAGAAUGAAAACCACUUCUCUGUUGAUGUCAAACUCUAGAUUGCUGUUUCUUUUGGCAUCACUGUUGGUGAUAUGGGGAACAAGUACGUGUUUAGCCUAUGAUAGACGCGAGGUGAUAAAGGCAAAUCAUGGUGUUGUUGCCACUGAUGAUGGCCGAUGCUCGAGGAUCGGAAGAGAUGUUCUGAAAGAAGGCGGCCACGCUGUGGAUGCAGCGGUUGCUGCAGCGCUUUGCUUGGGAGUUGUCAGUCCGGCGUCUAGUGGCAUCGGCGGAGGAGCAUUCAUGCUAGUAAGAUCAGCAGAUGGAAAAGCACAAGCCUUUGAUAUGAGAGAAACUGCUCCCAAACAAGCCUCUAAGGAUAUGUACGCGGGAAACGCUACUCUAAAAGCUAGAGGAGCUCUUUCAAUAGCAGUUCCAGGAGAGAUUGCUGGCCUUUACAAAGCAUGGAAACAAUAUGGAAAGCUUCCAUGGCGAAAGCUUGUGAGGCCAGCUGCACAUCUAGCUCAUAGUGGGUUCAAGAUCUCACCAUAUCUUCACAUGCAAAUGCGUGCAAGUGAAUCAUCUAUAAUGGCAGAUAAGGGACUUCGUGACUUGUUCACAUCAAAUGGUAGCCUCUUGCAGAUAGGAGAUGUAUGUUAUAACAAACAGUUGGGAAAAACACUUAGAGCACUUUCCGCGUAUGGAAUUAGAGCAUUUUACAACGGAUUGAUUGGGGUCAAAUUGAUCAAGGAUAUAAGAAAAUCCGGAGGCAUACUGACAAUGGAAGACUUGCAGCAGUAUCAAGUUAGAAUAAGAGAACCUAUCGCUGCAGAUGUAAUGGGAUUUAAGAUACUGGGUAUGCCACCUCCUUCAUCUGGAGGUGUUGCAAUGGUGCUAAUACUUAACAUUCUUGCACAAUAUGGAACUCCGAUGGAAGGUCCAAGCCCCCUUAUGAUUCACCGACAAAUUGAAUCCUUGAAGCAUGCAUUUGCAGUGAGGAUGAACCUUGGUGAUCCAGAUUUCGUCAACAUUAGAAGUGUCACAAAUGAUAUGCUGUCAACUGAAUUUGCAAAGCAGUUGAAGAAAACCAUAUUUGACAACAUGACUUUCGAUCCCAAUCACUAUGGUGGAAAGUGGAAUCCGAUCAACGAUCAUGGUACCAGCCAUAUGUCAAUUGUGGAUAGGGAUCGAAAUGCUGUUUCAAUGACGAACACUAUAAAUUCUUACUUUGGUGCUAAGUAUCUAUCACCAAGUACCGGGAUAGUUCUUAACAAUGAAAUGGAUGACUUCUCAAUUCCUACAAAUAGUUCUGAAAAUGUCCGACCACCAGCACCUGCAAAUUUUAUCCGUCCAGGCAAAAGGCCAUUGUCAUCAAUGACACCUACUAUUGUUCUCCAGGGUGGACAACUGAGAGCUGUUGUUGGUGCAAGUGGAGGAGCAAUGAUUAUUGCUGGUACGACCGAGGUUUUUCUGAAUCACUUCGCGAGGGGAAUGGAUCCCUUCUCUUCUGUAAUGGCUCCAAGAUAUUACCAUCAGUUGAUUCCGAAUGUGCUACAAUACGAGAAUUGGACGAUCGUGACAGGUGACCACAUAGAGGCUCCAGAAGAAACAAGGGCUGCCCUGCAAAAGAAGGGACAUGUCCUACAGAGUAUUGCUGGAGGGACAAUUUGCCAGUUUGUUGUUCAAGAAUUCGAGUCAUCAAAGUUAGGGGAGCUUGUUGCUGUAAGUGACGCGAGGAAGGGCGGAUUUCCUGCUGGAUUUUAAACCUACAACGUCUAACAAAGGUGUCGUCGCCCGUGAGGGAUUUACUGCAUCACGAGGAUAGAAGAUGCUUGGUUUGGCACCACAUUGGGUAGUACGUGAAGGAUCAUUCAUGUCAUUUAGUUAUUUUAAUUCAUGUAUUACUGAUUCCU